AAAAACAGUCUCUGCAGAGUCAUAGACUCCAUAAAAGCCGAUCUGUUUCUGUUAGCCCACAAAGGAAAUAUUUACAUGGCUGGGGUAGGUUUCAGAGAGGCAGCUAUCCCCUUGUCAGUCCAUGACAAGAAGUAACUCAAAAUUAUUGAACCAAGAUAGCAGAUCUGGCGCAAAACAAUUACUUUAUGAUUAAAUACUGCAUCUUUUGGUCUCAGGAACGAUGGAGACACCGCAACCCAAAGUGACUCAGAAAAGGCAAGUGACCGCUAUUAUUAUUCUGUUACUAUUGUGGGAGGCGGGCGGUGAGAUCAUUAAGUAUUCAGUUCUAGAAGAGAGGGACAGCGGCUCAUUUGUGGCCAACCUAGCAAAAGAUCUGGGGUUGGGCUUAGGGGAGCUGGCUUCUCGGGGCGCCCAGAUUCUUUUCAAAGGGAAUAAACAGCAUUUGCAGAUCGAGCAGAAGAGUGGGAAUUUGAUACUAAAAGAAAAAGUGGACCGAGAAGAUUUGUGCGGUGACACGGAUCCAUGUAUACUGCAUUUCCAGGUGUUACUGAAAAACCCAGUGCAGUUUAUUCAAGGUGAAUUACAGAUUGAAGAUGUAAAUGACCAUGCCCCAGAAUUCUUGGAAAAUGAAAUCCUCCUGAAAAUAUCGGAAAGCAGCCAUCCAGGGUCUGCAUAUCCUUUGAAAAUAGCUCAAGAUUUAGACGUUGGCAGUAAUACAGUACAGAACUACACAAUUAGCUCCAACUUCCAUUUCCACCUUUUUACUCGAAAUCACAGCGAUGGCAGAAAAUACCCAGAGCUGGUGCUGGACCAAGAGUUGGACCGUGAGGAGCAGCCCGAGCUCAGGUUAACCCUCACAGCGAUGGAUGGUGGGUCACCGCCCAAGACCGGGACUUCGCAGGUCCUCAUCAUAGUCCUGGACAUAAAUGACAACGCCCCUGAAUUUGCUCAGCAGCUCUACCAGGUGCAGGUCCCAGAAAACAGCCCUACAGGCUCCCUUGUCAUCACUGUUUCUGCUAGAGAUUUGGAUGCUGGGAUCCAUGGUGAGCUCUCCUACUCAUUUUUCCAAUCCUCAAGUCACGUCAUUCAGGCCUUCGAAAUAAACACAGUCACAGGGGAUAUUCGAUUAAAAAAAAAGUUGGAUUUUGAGGAAAUUAGAUCUUAUCAUAUGGAAAUUGAGGCCUCAGAUGGCGGCGGUCUUUCAGGAAAAUGCACUGUAGCCGUAGAAGUGAUGGAUGUAAACGACAAUGCCCCUGAAUUGACCAUAUCACUACUCAUCAAUGAUAUCCCAGAAAAUACCCCUGACGCUGUGGUCGCUGUUUUUGGAAUUUCAGAUUCAGACUCUGGUAACAAUGGCAAAAUGACGUGUUCCAUUCAAGACCAUCUCCCUUUCCUUCUGAAGCUCACGAUAGAAAAUUUUUACACCUUGGUAACAGAAGGCGCACUGGACAGAGAACAAAAAGCCGAGUACAACAUCACGAUCACGGUCACUGACAUGGGAACCCCCAGACUGAAAACCCAGCACAACAUAACCGUGCUGGUGGCCGACGUCAACGACAACGCCCCCGCCUUCACCCAGACCUCCUACACCCUGUGGGUCCGCGAGAACAACAGCCCCGCCCUGCACAUCGGCACCGUCAGCGCCACAGACACAGACGCGGGCGCCAACGCCCAGGUCACCUACUCGCUGCUGCCGCCGCCAGACCCGCACCUGCCCCUCGCCUCCCUCGUGUCCAUCAACCCCGACAAUGGCCACCUCUUCGCCCUCACGUCCCUGGACUACGAGGCCCUGCGGGCCUUCGAGUUCCGCGUGGCCGCCGCCGACCGCGGCUCGCCCGCGCUCAGCAGCCAGGCGCUGGUGCGCCUGCUCGUGGAGGACGCCAACGACAACGCGCCCUUCGUCCUCUACCCGCUGCAGAACGCCUCGGCGCCCUGCACCGAGCUGGUGCCCAGGGCGGCCGAGCCCGGCUACCUGGUGACCAAGGUGGUGGCGGUGGACGGCGACGCGGGCCAGAACGCCUGGCUGUCGUACCAGCUGCUCAAGGCCACGGAGCCCGGGCUGUUCGGCGUGUGGGCGCACAACGGCGAGGUGCGCACGGCGCGGCUGCUGAGCGAGCGCGACGCGCCCAAGCAGCGGCUGGUGGUGCUGGUCAAGGACAACGGCGAGCCGCCGCUGUCGGCCAGCGUCACGCUGCACGUGCUGCUGGUGGACGGCUUCUCGCAGCCCUACCUGCCGCCCCCGGAAGCGGAAGCGGCGGCCGCGGCGCCGGCCGACCCGCUCACCGUCUACCUGGUGGUGGCCUUGGCGUCGGUGUCGUCGCUCUUCCUUUUCUCGGUGCUGGUGUUCGUGGCGGCGCGGCUGUGCAGGAGGGGCGGGGCGGGCUCGGCGGGUCGCUGCCCGGUGCCCGAGGGCCACUUCCCGGGCCACCUGGUGGACGUCAGCGGCACGGGGACCCUGUCCCAGAGCUACCAGUACGAGGUGUGUCUGAUGGGAGGUACCGCGUCCGGCGAAUUCAGGCUUCUCAAACCUAUUGUCCCCAGCCUCAUGAGUGAAGUAGCUGGUAUGGACACCGCGGAAAACGCUAACUUUAGAAAUCGUUUGGGAUUCAAUUAGGAAUCUCACUUGACAACGUGAUCGAUGAUCGUAUUCACUAUUAAUUUCCAACCCUUUCAUUAACAUGAAGAGCUUACAUAUUCACACAUUCGUUAAAUAUUGUCCUAUGUAUAGUUUGAAGUGUUUUACAUUCCGAAUCUCUAGGUGGUUUUUAUUGUUGCUCUUUUGUUGGCUUUUGUAAGCUCUUAACAUUUUGCAUGGGAGAUCAAACAUUUAGCAGAGAAAUAGUGUUUCUCAAGUUUUGGAGGGUCAGAUUUUUCUAAGUCACAAGUGUUUUCAGGUUCCUGAUAGUUGAGCUUGUUCGUUGAUAUCUUGCUAUAAUUAAGAGAAUUGUGUUUUACAAUUAUUAUCGCAUGUCUAUUAUGAAUGAUGGCUUUUAGUUUUAAAAAUUUUCACUUAUGCGAAAAACUGUGUGACCUUGUAAAUUGCUGGAGUUCUGUAGUGUUGUUUCAAAAACACCAUUGUCUUUCCUCAAAUGAACUAAUAUUUUAUCUGAAUGCUUUUUGAGUAUUUUCUUUCAAAAUUGGUAUCAUUUAAUUAGACCAUCUACUAUAAUUUUAAAGGAUUUAAUCCCAGUUAAGUAGAAAAAAGCUGGUAGAGUUAUGAUUUGUUUUUCAUAAUAAAUGAUUUUUAGUAUGAAAAUGAUUCUAAAAUAAUAAUUUUAACAUUUAAUAAGAAUAAAAAGGAAAGAAAAUUAACAUGAUUCUCCCACUCAGAAAUAAUUUUCAACAUCAUCCUAAAACAUUUCCAUGAUGCUUAUAAUAGAUGAAAAUUAUAUUAAAUGGAUCUGUAAUUUAUCUUUAUAAUUAAAACUAUCAGAUUUUACUUGAAUAAAAACAAAAUAAUAUGAAACUACAGAACUUGCUUAUGCUUAAAUAAUCCCUACAGGGUUAACAAACAAACGUGUGAUGCAUAUUAAAAUAUUAGCAUCACUUAACUGCCCUCUUAUGAGUGAGCAAAUAGGGACUUCCCUGGUGACCCACUGGCUAAGUCUCCAGGCUCCCAAAGCAGGCACCCUGGGUUCAGUCCCUGGCCAGGGAACUAGAUCCCUAAUCCUGGCAUCCCAUCAUUCCACAUGCUGCAACUAAGACACAGGUAAAGUCUGCAUGUUACUACUAAGACUCAACACAGCUAAAUAAGUACGUAAACUUAAGAACAUAGCAAAUAUAUAGAGUUAUCAAUGUUUAUAACAUUUACAAUGUGUUUUUUUCUCCUUUGAGAUUCUGAUUUUGUUUCUUUUGGAUAUAUACCCAGAAGUGGUAUUGCUGGAUCAUAUGGUUCUGUUUACUUUUAAUUUUUAAAAUUAGUGUUUUUUCCAAGUGCUGUGGACUCAGUUUUGUCUUCCCAAGAUCAUACAUUGAAGCCCUAACCCUCAAUGUAAUGGAAAUUGGAGCUGGGCCUUUGGGGGAUAAUUAGGUUUGGAUACUGUCAGGAGGGCAGGGGUCCUCUUCAUGAGAUUAAUGCCCUCCUAAGAGACACCAGAGAACUUGCUCUUUUUCUCAUGUGAGGGCACACUGAGGUGGCCAUCUGCAAGCCAGGAUGAAAGAUCUCAUCAGAAUCUAACCUGCCAACAGCUAGAGCUGACUUCCAGCCUCCAGAACUGUUAAGAAAUAAGUUUCUGUUGCUUAAUCCACACAGUCUAUGGUAUUUUUUAUGGCAGGUUGAAAGCUGCCCAAACCCUGGAAGGGACCUAAGUCAAUGAAUUUGUUGUUGUUUUAGUUGCUAAGUCAUGUCACACUUUUUUGUGAUCCCACUGGACUAUAGUCCACCAGGUUCCUUUGUCCAUGGCAUUUCCAAGGCAAGAAUACUGGAGUGAGUUGCCAUUUCCUUCUCCAUACAAUGUGUUUUAAAAAGAUGAUGUUUAUCAUUGUUUAGGCAUUUUAUGUUUUAAAUAUUUAAUUUGUCAUACAACGCUUCAGUUUUUCCAAGUGUACUCAUGUCUGACUGCCCAGAGAUAACUACUUCUGAGACUUUUUUUUUUGAGACUUUUAACUUUUUUUUCCCAUAUUUGCUUCCAUGUUUCUAAAUAAUAUGCUGAGAAAAUGCUUUUUCUCAAUUUAAGUUUUAGAUAUUAUCCAUUUACUUCUAAGGAGCACACACACACACUUGAACACUUCUACCCCAUCCUCUCUGAUAACAAUGUCAUAAUCUGUUUAAGUAGUGUUUAAAUAGUUACAUAAAUAUCACUUAGACCUGAACCUCAUGUUGCUGAUAUUUUUCUUUUCUUUACUCUUAAGUUUAUAAUUGUCUCACUUUCCACUUACUUUUCUAAGUAUAUACUUUUAAGUUAUUCCCAUACUUUGUAAAGUCUGAAGCACCUCGU